AUGUCUCGAGUCGUAACUGACGGAGACUUGAGUCCGCAGGGCCACUUUCCGCGAAACCGCGGUCCUGCUUACGUGUCCGCUCCUCGGGGAAUCCAAUACCCAGAGGACCUAAUCUCCCCGACCAACGCGGGAGUCGCACCCGGCCGAGCGGGCGAACAUGUGCGACGGCCAGCCGGUCGCACGCCGAUUCGCACGGUGCAAGAAGGCCAUCAGCUUACCGAAGGCGACGACUUCGCAGACAACCGAGGCGGCGGCCAGAGGAGAAUAACGAUCCCCGCCGGGGGUGGCGGCGGGGGAGGCGGCGGAUAUCACGGAAACACGUCGCCGCUGCGCAAUGCCAUUCAUGGGCGGUCGGAGAGCCACUCGGGGGAGUCGGGGGAGCGAGGAGGCCGGGCGGAGCACGCGGGGGACCUUCAGCCGCGGCGGGCGGCGAGCUCCAACGAGGCGGGGUACGGCCGGCCGGCCGCGCUUCGCCUGGACGCCGAUAUGAUCAAGGCCGGCAGGAAGGAUUCGCUGAGUCCCCGCCGCAUGGUAAAGGUCGCCACGCCCUCCGCGCAGCCCAGCGGCGCCGCUGUCCGCGCAGGGGGGCCAGGCGGGGGCCCCGGAGGCGGAGGCAUCGGGGGAAGCUUUCAGGCGUCGCGGGGGGAGGCGGAGCACAUGCGGCGGGUGGCGGAGCUGAUGGAGGCGGUGCGGGAGAACGACGUUGAUCUGGUCAACGUGGUCCUGCAGGAGGCGCCGUCCCGCACCGCCCUGCUUAACACUGUUUAUCCAGCCUCUCAGCGCACAGCGCUGCACGAGGCGGUGGUGGCGUCCAGCACGGAGGCGGCGGGGGCGCUUCUAGAGUGGGGCGCUGAUCCUGACGGCGGGCAGUCCGCGCAGAUGCCGCCCAUCAUGUACGCGGUGCAGACGGGCAACGAUAAGAUGGUCACGCUGCUGCUGUCGCACGGGGCGGACAUCAACGCACAGGACGCCAAGCAGUACACCGCGCUGCACUACGCCUGUGCUGCCGGCCACAGGGGCAUAAUCAAGCUGCUGCUAGUAGCAGGCGCCAACAUGUAUGCGCGCAAUCGCGACGGGCUGUACCCACAGCAGCUGGCCUCAACGGACCGCAUCCGCACGCUCUUCCGCAAGCUGCACGAAUACCACCAGCGCCACGGGCUCGUGGGCGAUGGGGAGGGCGCGGGGGCGGGCGGAGGGGGCGCGGGCGGAGGGGGAGGGGUAAGGGGGGGGUUGAGAGGGUCGCCCCCGAUCUCCCCUGGGACGUCUGGAAGGAUGAGCCCGCGGGAUGUGGGCGGGAUGGUGGAUGACGGGUGGGAAGAUGAAGGAAUGUGUGUGUGUGGUAAGGAGGGUAUGUGGGUGGGGGAGCGGUGGUGGAUGGACAUAUGCUUGAAUGCAAUCUUUUGUGCUCUCCUCUCUCCACUUCCCGCCCUCCCCGUGCUCCACUCGCUUCCCUUCGCCCUCCUCUACUCCCUCACCUGUCCCUCCUGUCCCUUCCCCUUCUUCCCCGGACCUUUCAACCCUCCCACUGCCCCACUACCCCCCCUGCUCCCACUGCCCCCCUGUCCCCCUUUCCCCCCACCCUCCCCCCUGUACCUCUAUCUCCCUGUCUCCCCUCUGCCCCUCCCCCCAGUCCCCAACGGGUCGGCAGUUCAGCAGCUCAUCUCCCCUCGCGCCCUCGCCGCCCGCACGCGCCUGGGCGGCGGCGGCAGCGCGCAGCAGCCGCCCGGGCGGCAGGGGCCGGCAGCGGGGCGGGGUGGCGCAGGCAGCCGCUCUGCUGUGGAGCGAGCAAUCACUCGAGAGGACGAUUGGCUGUCCCAGCCUCAUGCACGGUCAAGGGGAGGCGGUGGGGGAGGCGGAGGCGGAGGAGGAGUGGGUGGGGAUGGUGGGGACCACGCUGACGUGGAGAGCCCGCGUGAUUUGCUGGAUAGUAACGAGCAGAUCUUUCUCCAGGCGUGGGAGAACGACCGUGAUGAUGACUCGCCGGCUUUCGCCUGGCCGGGCCCGGGGGGAGCAGCAGGGGGAGGCGGAGGAGCAGGAGGGGGUGGUGGCGGUGCGGGGAAGGACGAGCACAUGGGGCCGGGAGGGACAGGGGGAGGGGCAGGGGGGGGGGGAGCGGGGGGAGUGGCGGCGGCGGGACCGGCGGCGUCGUUGGCGCGGAGGCACAUCCGGGACUCGCGGACGCUGUCGGUGGAGUCGGGUGGGCAGCAGUACGCGAGGCGCAUCGUGCAGGCCAACGACAGCAGCCUCUCCGAUGCUGAACAAGGCAGCUUUGGCGCCCGCCGGCACACUGCAGGUAAGCUUCCUCACUGCUCCCCUUGCUGCCUAUCUUUUCUCUCUGCUCCUGCUGUUCCCCCUGCUUUGCGCACUCUGCGCUCUCUGCUUCCCCUGCGGCCUCUGCUGCCCCCUUGGCUGUCGGUGGAGUCGGGCGGGCAGCAGUACGCGAGGCGCAUCGUGCAGGCCAACGACAGCAGCCUCUCUGACGCUGAAGCUGGCAGCUUUGGCGCCCGCCGGCACACCGCAGGUGCAAUGUCGUUCAGUACCCCCUGCUGCCUCUCUGCUUCCCCUGCUGCCCCUCUUUUCUCUCUGCUCCCGUUACCCCCCCUGCUCGGCUCUCUCUCUCCCCCCCCUGCCUCUCCACUUCCAAUGCAGCAGGUGCAGUGCAGCCAUUACAGACCGGUCACGUCAGGCGCGGCCAUCACAACAGACCGGUCGCGUCUGGCCGCCCAGCCCCGCCCGCGCAACUUCGCUGAUUUCCGAGCAGAGCGCCUUGUGGGACAGGCAGCUGCGGGCGGAGGGGGAGGGGCGGGCGGAGCCGGGGGAACUGGGGGCGGAGGACCUGGGGGCGGUGGGCCUGGGACGCCUGGGAGAGGGGGCAUGCGGGGAAGGUCCCCCUAUGACAGUGUGGAUUCGGCUAGCAUGGGGAGGUUGGACUUGGGGGGUGGGGGGGGGAAUAGGCGGGGGUCUUUGGACGGGAAAUCGGGUGGGGGAGGGGCGAGGGGUGUGGUUGAUGUGUUUGGAAAUCCGUAUGGGGGGAGAGGGGGCCGCGCAGGGGAUGUGGCGGGUGGUGGCGGGAGGACGAGUUCGGAUGAUGAGCGGGAGGAGGGCGGGGUUGCGCGAGGCGGGGCGGGGAUGGGCGGGGAGAGGCGGCAGCAUGUGGGGGGGCCGGGGGGGCGCGGGGGGAGGGAGAACAUGUAUGCAUCGUGGAAUGGUGCUGCGAUGCUGGAGGGAGGAGGGGGUGGGGUGGGGGGGGCGGAGGGGCACAGCGGGAGGCUGCCUCGUGUUGCUGCCUCUGCGUCCGCUGCAUCUGCGGCGGCAGCAGAGGAUCGGGAUGGGGAGGGCGGGAGGCACGGGGACAGUGACAGCGACACUGGCAGGCGGCUUCCCAACAGAGCAGCAGGAGCAGCAGGAGGUGCAGCAGGUACUGGCGGAGCAGCAUCAGGUGGCGCUUCUGGCACUGGUGGGGGCGCAGGGGCAGGCGCAAGCGGAGGGGGUUCAGUGGCUGCGUCUCGGUCCCCCUCUGGAAGCGACUCUGCCAGGCGUCCCGCCUCUCUGCGGGUUGGCGAGCCUGCUGGGUUUGAGGACGAGGGGGGCGCUGCACAGAAGAAACCGCUCACUCCCAGUGGGGGAGGGGGAGCGGGGGGGAGUGGGGGAGGGCGGGCUAGGAGCCCGCUUAGAGGGGGGACUGGGCAUGAGGAGGGGCGCGGAGGGGGAGGGGGAGGGGGGAGCGGGCGGAUGACGCCCAAGGGGGCGCGGGAGAGGAAAUCGGUAAAGUUUGCACUGCCGACGGAGGGGGAGGGGGAGGGGGAGGGGGAGAAGAAGGAGAAGGAGGGGGAGGGGGAGAAGAAGAAGGAGGGGGAGAGUGGAGGGGAGGAGAGGAAGGGCGGCGGUGGGAAGGAGGAGGAGAAGAAGGGAGGAGGGCAGGUGCCUGUGUCGCCUAGUAACAGACGAGCAGCCGCAGGCGCAGCAGCAGGCAGUGCCAGUGCCAGUGCCAGUGCCAGUGCCAGUGCCAGUGCCAGUACUAAUGCUAAUGCUGGUGCGAGUGCCAGUGGCAGUGGCGGUGGCAGCACGGGAGCAAGCACCCCUGCACCUGAGCAGAUAUCUGAGGAAGAUUUGAAGCUUAUUCGGCCCGACUGGAGGGAUGCUGCAGCCAGGGGCGGGUGUGUGGCGUGUGGGGAGUUGCAGUGUGACUGCCCCACCAACCCCAAUAACCGGGAUGAUGCUGCUGGUGGGGGUGCGAAGAAGGCAGGGGACGGGGAGAAGAAGGACGGAGGGGAAGUUCAGAAAGAGAAGGAAGGAGAGAAGGAGGGGGAGAAGAAGGAAGGAGGUAAGAAGGAGGGGAGUGAGGAGGAGAAGUCAUCACCGGCAGCAGCAGGGGGAGGGAAGAGUAAGGAGUUGAUGGGAGAUGAGCCGAUGGCCCCACUGGGCACGAUGAAGUGGAAACGGGGCGAGCUGCUGGGAGAGGGGGCGUAUGGCAAGGUGUUCCUGGGCCUCAAUGAGAUGACGGGAGAGCUGAUGGCGGUGAAGCAGAUCAAGAUGACGUCAGCGGGCGACGAGAAGGCGAUGCACAUAGCGGCCCUGGAGCAGGAGAUAGUGCUGUACCGCCAGAUGCGGCACCGCCACAUCGUGGCAUACAUCGACAUGGAGAAGGAUGACAGCGAUGGGUCGCUCUACAUCUUCCUGGAGUUCAUCUCUGGAGGCUCGAUUCACAGCAUGUUGGACAAGUUUGGCAAGUUCAGUGAGUCCCUAGUGCGAGUCUACACGAGGCAGCUGCUGCUGGGGCUGGAGUAUCUGCACGGGUGUAAGAUCAUCCAUCGGGACAUCAAGGGUGGCAACGUGCUCGUCGAUCGAGAUGGGGUCAUCAAGCUUGCUGACUUUGGUGCCUCUAAGGCGUUUCACGAGGGCACGGUGGGCGAGGGAUGCAAGAGCAUCCGAGGGUCGGUGUUCUGGAUGGCGCCCGAGGUGAUCAAGGGGGAGGGGUAUGGCCGCCGCGCUGACAUCUGGAGCCUUGGCUGCACCGUUAUUGAAAUGCUCACUGGCAGCCACCCAUGGCCCAACAUGGACAACACGUGGUCGGCCAUAUUCCACAUCGCCAAGACCACCACGGGCCCGCCCAUCCCUGAGGAGUGCAGCGACGAGGGCCGCGACUUCCUCGUUGCCUGCUUCAAGCUCGACCCUGCAGAGCGCCCCUCUGCCACCGAUUGGGUGUGCUGCAUCACACAUCAGUGGGAGGGCCGCGACUUCCUCGUUGCCUGCUUCAAGAUCGACCCUGCAGAGCGCCCCUCUGCCACCGAGUGUCUCUGCUCAGCCCCCUCCCACUCAUAUCCCUCCUUCCCCUCAGCAGCUGCUACUGCAACGCCUCUUUGUGCAAGUGCCCGACACUUGCCGGGGGGUUCUGAACUUACACUUUCCACUUUCCACACACCUGCCUGUCACCCAGGCCUGUCAUCCAGGCCUGUAACCCAGGCGAACAUACACUUUCCACUUAUCAACUCCACGUCUCCCUCCCACAUUCCUCAGUCUCCUCGUUCCCCCCCUUCCUUCUGA